AGCGACCUUUACGAAAUAAUGUGGACCGUCCUGGACAGUCUCUACGGCGGUAACCUAGGCUGCGACUCGCCGCAGAACGUCUUCGACAUUGCCUCUCACCUGUGGCGGGAUACAGAGAAUCCACGACAGGAAGCCAGCAGAUUACAUGAUUACGAUCCAAAUGCGUCAACGGCGGAUGGUGCCGCCAUCGCGAGGGCCUUCGCUGCAUUACGCUAUCCUACGAUCGCCAUCACAGAUAUCAAUCAGGGCACACUCAGCCAGACACGGGAUGCCCUGCUGAAACUAAACCCCGACGCCGAGGCGUUGAGCGUCUGUUGUAGGAGCUCGAGGGCCCUGGCCAAGCCCCGCGGGAGUUCGCGAGAGACCUUUGCCUCGGUGACUGCGACAGUCAGGUCUGACUGCGGCAACACCUCCGACGCGUGGGACUGCUUCCACAUCAACAGCGCCGACAAGGACCGUGAGGGCAACCACCUGAUCUCGGCGCGGGACGCCUGCGCAAGACCAUCGACGCGUACCUCCCGCUCGGCCGCGACGACCCGGACCGCUACCCGCAGUCGUCGACGGUGGACUUCCACAACAAUGCCGGCGGCCACAAGCGCCGCAUCGCCCUCUACCUGGUCGAGAACAGCAAACCUCGAAGGACGGGCCGGGGCCGGGGCAGCUGGCGGCCAGGAAAAGGAGAUUGAUUUCAGCAUCCAUGAAAUGGAAGAUGGCACCCAAACGGGCCAUUCCGAUGCCGUGCAGAGAAUGCAACCAAUCGGCAGAGCCGCCAGCCAUAAUCGCGUCCACGGAACGACGACCAAGCUCACCGACGUCGACACCCUCAAGGCCCAGGCAUAA